UCUCAUAUUGUUUAACGAGCUGAUAGCCUACAUUUCACUGUACCCACUUUGGAAUCGAGCCACAAACUUGACAACACAACUGUUCUAAAAUAACACCUGUGGACAAGCAGCUGACAUUUUAACGUCAAAGAAUUCAAAGAAAUGAAUAUUCUUUUAUUAAACGCUGAAAGUCCCGCUUUGGUGGCGUGGGUUUAAUAUAGCCUAACAUGUGCAGCAGCCCCCGCCUGUUUACGGGACGUCCGUCAUCUCUCACGCGCACUGCAGGUGCGUGGAAUCGUGUGCGCGUCGAACGCUCCGCCCCGCUCCUUAGAUGCAAACGAUUGAAGAAAAGUCGCGGUCGAAAGCUGAACUACGUUACUGACACAUUUCAAAACUCGAAAGCUGUGAGAACGACCAGCACGCGCUUCUGUACCUUCUGCAGUACGCAUACCUUUUCAUUUAAGACUCUAUUGCAAUUUUUGUUGUUCAUUUAUCUGCCAUUUCGGUUUGAACGUUUAGUUUCAUAAUGAUACGAGCUGAAUGAUAAAGUUUUCUUUUCUUAUUUUAGAUGUGUUCGGAUGAAGAGCGCGGGAUGACGGGGAGCUCCGGUAACGGAAAGUUGCGCCAGUGGCUGAUCGAGCAGGUGGACACUGGAAAAUACCCUGGACUCGUAUGGGAGAACGACGAGAAGAGCAUCUUUCGGAUUCCGUGGAAGCACGCGGGCAAACAGGACUACAACAGGGACGAGGAUGCUGCGCUCUUCAAGGCUUGGGCUCUGUUUAAAGGCAAAUUCCGUGAAGGGGUCGACAAACCUGACCCACCAACCUGGAAAACACGUCUUCGUUGUGCUCUUAAUAAAAGUAAUGACUUCGAGGAGAUUGUGGAGCGCAGUCAACUUGACAUAUCGGACCCCUAUAAAGUAUAUAGGAUUGUCCCGGAAGGAUCUAAAAAAGGAUCCAGAUCUAUUGAAGACUCGCAGUCUAACUCAGGCUCUCCCAAUUAUCCAAUGCAUCCAACUUAUGCACCAGCACCAUCUCAGGUGUGCAACUACAUUUCUCCAGCAGAAAGAGGAUGGAGGGAGUAUCCCACCCUCUCUGACAUCUCGUACAGCCAGAGCCCGUACACUUCACGCUGGGACCCUGGUUACCAGUUCAGUGGCUCCUUCUACAGCUGUAAUGCAUCUGAUCCACAGCCGUCACCCUUCACUCUGGACACCAGCAUGAGGUCUGCUGAGGCCAUGGCACUCUCAGAUUAUCGCCUGCAUGUGAUGGUGUUUUACCGAGACGCGCUGGUGCGAGAGGUGACCGUGAGCAGUCCUGAGGGCUGUCAGCUGGGCCCCAGCAGAGAGGGACAGGCCUACGCCUCACCUGGGGCUCCAGAACUGGUUGAACUGCCUCAUGCUGAUGGGGUGCCUCUGGAGCGGGGCGUUAUUCUCUGGAUGGCUCCUGAUGGGCUCUACGCCCGCCGAUGCUGCCCCUGCAGGGUGUACUGGACAGGAGCUCACGCACCACCGACAGACAAACCCAACAAGCUGGAGCGAGAGCAGAACUGCAAACUGCUGGACACUCACCUCUUCAUCACAGAGUUGCAGAGCUACACUCUUCACGCCCGUCCUGCGCCGUGUUCCCAAGUGUUGCUGUUCUUUGAGGAUGAAAGCACUGAGGGUCAAAGACCAAGAAGGACCUACACAGUGCAGGUUGAGCCACUGUUCGCUCGCCAGCUUCUGAUCCUCACUCACCCGGGCAGCAUGAACUACAUCCGCAGCCAUGAGCUCCAGCACCUGCCACCUGAACACAGCCUUACCCACCCAAGACUACCACAGGGUCAUCACACACCACCACAACAGCGGCCCGCAAAACUGACCCGCUAAACCUUGAGUUUAACCCUGGGAUAAAGCAAGUUUUAAUCCUGGGUUAAAGGCUGACUUCACCUUCACCCUUUUCCUUCUGUGGAACAUACAAGUAGACAUUUUGAAGAAUACUGAGAAGCGAAUGACACUUGAGCUCAAUAACUUCUGCUGUAUGGUCAAGUCACAUUUAUUUUUAGUGUAUAGCACUUUGUGCAAUGCAAAUUGUCAAAGCAGCUUUGCAGUGACAAAUGGGCUAUGAAGUUUUGUCAGUGUUUGUUUAUCAAUAUGUCAAGUCCAAUUCAGUUCAUUUGACGAUUUCAGUUCCAAACUAUGCUGGUUUAGUUCUAAGGAAUUCGCUGAUGAUUCAGUUCAGUUCGAUGCAAAUUAAAAUAAAGCAAGCCAAAGGUGACAGUAUCUAUGUUUCUAUCCACCUCUUUUUAUGCACAUUUUGGAAAAGUGCAUAACAAAUAUUGGAAAUGCCAAGAAGCGCAAGCAUAUUGAAAAUGUGCAUUAAAAAUGGAUGAUCAGACAAAACGUUUUAUCCUAAAAGAAAGAAAAAACGCGUGUUAGCGGUCUCACUCCUUGUAAAGCCACAGCUUAUUUCUUCUUUGUCUUUUGAGGUGCAAAUAAGUUAUUAUAUUCGAAAAAAAAAGGCUGAGAGUACCUACUCUCAAUUCAGCAAAAUAAAUAAUUACUUUUGAUAAUUGGCACUAGUUUAUCAGGGGGAUGAUUUUGUUCUCUUUCACUCAUUGGAAGGAAACGUGCUUUAUUUGCUAAUAACUCGCUUUAAUGUUUUAUGUGAUAUUCCAGUUUUACGUUUAAAUCUAACUCGCGUCUUUGAAUGGAAACAUAGAUCGUGGGUAGAAACUAAAACUCCACCACUUGACAGAAAUGGAGAACAAACCUUUAGGGAAAAAACAGGUUCAGUUGGAAGACCAGUUGGAGAGCCAUUUCCGCAGAUAUAUGGCUUUAUGUCUUAAAGCAUAUCGUACGAGGUGAAAAACUUGAGGUGAACAAUAAUUUUAAGCUACUUAUAAAUUUGAAAGUGGGUUUGCACCACUUUUUAACCUAGGGUUAUGAAAUCCUGUUUAUGAACAGAUGAUGGACAAGCAGUUAUCAACACCAGGUGCCUUUCUUGUUUAAUCAAUAUGCAAAUGAGGUUGUGAUCUCAGGGUUUCAAUAUUUACAAUAUGGAAUCUCUAAACUUGACUUUUUUUUAAGCUAAAUUGUUAUGGCAUAUGUUAUAACUCUGCUAAGCUUCAGGACACCUGAACUGGGCAGAAUCCCUCCAGAAUAAUCUAGUGCUAACGAGACAUUCAGACAAGUUGUGUAUUGUUUACUACUGAAAAGAUGCAAAUCUUUUGUACAGUACUAUGAAUGUAUCGUGUCUUUAUUACCGUUAAAUGUGUUACUUGUUUGCUGACAUGACAAGAGAAUGUAAAGUGUGAAUAUUAGCUUUGACUGGCUCAAUGUACUGCAUUCAGAAUGUAAAAGCCAAAGAUUUUGAUGUAUAUAGCUUAUGAGUUUAGAAAGUUGACAAAAGUUUUCAUAAGGCAGCUCUUUUUGAUAGCUUAGUCUGUAUAAUACUUGUUUUACUCUUUAUUCCACUACUUUUGCUGUUUUUUUGCUAUUGAGAUAAAAUAGGUCAAAUUUGGUGUCGCUUUUGGUUUUAAUAAAA